UCGCAAAUCCUCUCUUGAAGAUACACCACACCUCUUUGCCAAUUUCGAACCUGAUUUAAGCCAAAAAGACAAAGUUACACCAAGUUUAAAAUAAUCCUGAUGCAUAAGGCCUUCGGAUAUGUAAACUAUAGUGUAAUAAUUUCAAAAGAGGAAUAUUCUUCCCAUAGCGAAUUCUCUCGGGUCGCGCCGCUAACAGCUGAUCCUCCGCGCAGGAACAACAUUCACGGUUCAACAUUUAACUUAUUAACUCGAUUUAUUCAACCGGGAAUAAUGGAAGCCCUCAUUCCAGUUAUAAAUAAGCUCCAAGAUGUGUUUAAUACGGUUGGGGCUGAUGCCAUACAGCUCCCUCAGAUUGUGGUGGUGGGAUCACAGAGUUCUGGAAAGAGCAGUGUGCUAGAGAGCCUGGUUGGGCGCUCCUUCCUUCCUCGGGGCACUGGCAUCGUCACGAGAAGACCUUUGGUAUUACAGUUGGUUUACACAUCUCAUGACGACAACCAGCAUCGGUCAGCAGAGGCAGGUACUCUGGACUUGGAUGAGUGGGCCCAAUUCCUCCAUGCACGGAGUCGGAUCUAUACAGACUUUGAUGAUGUGCGGAAGGAGAUUGAGCAUGAAACCGACCGGGUGGCAGGCAAUGGAAAAGGUAUCUGCAGUGAGCCUAUCCGACUCAAAAUCUUCUCAGACAAGGUGGUCAACCUGACUGUGGUGGAUCUGCCAGGACUGACAAAGGUGCCGGUAGGUGAGCAGCCUGAAGACAUUGAGCAACAAAUCCGGGACCUGGUCCUAUUCUACAUCGGCAACCCCAACUCCAUCAUUCUGGCUGUGUCGCCUGCAAACAUGGACAUGGCCACUUCUGAGAGCCUAAAGUUGGCCAAAGAGGUGGACCCUGAUGGUCGCAGGACGCUGGCUGUCAUCACUAAGUUGGAUCUCAUGGAUGCGGGAACUGAUGCUAUUGACAUUCUUUGUGGCCGUGUCAUUCCAGUGAAAUUAGGAAUUAUUGGUGUUGUAAACCGUUCUCAACAGGAUAUCAUUGACAACAAGACUAUUAAGGAUGCCCUAAGGGAUGAAGCUGCAUUUCUCCAGCGGAAGUAUCCGACAUUAGCCAACCGCAAUGGAACUCCUUAUCUUGCCAAGACCCUGAACCGCCUGCUGAUGCACCACAUUAGGGACUGUCUUCCAGAGCUAAAGACACGUGUCACCAUGAUGAUGUCGCAGUUCCAGUCUCUGCUCCAUAGUUAUGGUGAUGAUGUCCAGGAUAAGGCUCAGACACUAUUGCAGAUCAUCACAAAAUUCAAUGCUGCUUACUGCCAGACCAUUGAAGGCACUGCUAGGAACAUAGAGACGACAGAACUGUGUGGAGGUGCUCGCAUAUGCUACAUCUUUCAUGAGACAUUUGGCCGCACCCUAGACAGCAUUCAUCCUCUUGCAGGAUUGACACAGAUGGACAUUUUAACAGCAAUAAGAAAUGCCACUGGUCCAAGACCUGCACUCUUUGUACCAGAGGUUUCUUUUGAACUCCUGGUGAAGAGACAAAUCCGCCGCUUGGAAGAGCCGUCCCUCCGUUGUAUUGAGUUAGUCCAUGAAGAAAUGCAGAGAAUCAUCCAGUUCUGUGGAACUGAAGUCCAACAAGAGAUGCUUCGCUUCCCAAAGCUACAUGAGAAGAUAAUAGAUGUUGUUACACAGCUACUCCGCAGACGCCUUCCUCCAACAAAUUCCAUGGUGGAGAACCUAGUUGCCAUUGAACUGGCCUACAUCAACACAAAGCACCCAGACUUCCGCCCUGAUGCCUCCCUAGCCUCCACCCUCGUUUCAGAUGAGGAGAAGGCACGCAACAUCCCUGUGCGACGCAUCCAUGGUAAUGCCCCCUCGACCUAUGAGCACGAGCAGCCCAAGCGUGGAGAGUUGAGGCAAGUUGACAACUUUGCUAAUAGGACAAACCAACUAGACUACAUGCAGAACCCUAAGGACAUGAUGGUAGAUGGUUUCAUGGAUGCAACAAUGAGACAG